CCAACAACUUCUCAAAACAUACCUCACUCACUUCCAAUUUAUUUCACAGUUUUAAGGUCUUUCUCAACCAUACUUCAAUUUCAUUCACAUAUUUUAGUCAAAAAAAAAAUGGCAUCAAAUUCACUCACUGCUUGGACUCCAAGAGAAAACAAGAAAUUCGAGCAGGCACUCGCCGUCUACGAUAAGGACACACCUGAUCGUUGGCAAAAUAUUGCUAGAUACGUCGGUGGGAAAUCAGUUGAAGAAGUUAAACAGCACUAUGCUAUCCUUGUAGAGGAUCUCAAGCACAUUGAAUCUGGUGACGUCCCAUUCCCAAAAUACAAGUCAGAUGGAAAGUCUCGUUAAUUAAUCAACAAACCAUGUUGUGCAGGCAUACGAGGUAUAAUAAAGUCAAGCCAAAGACAUCAACGUAUGUGGACGAAUUACGUACGAGAAGAAAUAUUAUUCUCCCAAGAUGAUCAUGCAUACACUAUUAUUUUCUUCUUAGAUGUAGUGGGAUUUGUUAGUGUUAAUAACCCUGAUUGUUAUCCUUUCUAAUUAAAGAGUCUAAUAUAUUUUAUGGA